AUGACCUCCUCUGGCACUGAUAGUCAAGUGCCUGCGGCGCCCAUUGCUAGUCCUUCCAGCGGUGAUUCUUCGACGGCACUCUUUGCUCAACUAAACAUCAACGGCAACAAUGUGGUCUCAUUGACCUCUGCCCUGUCUGUGGUCGUACAAAACACAGUCAUUGUGACUAUUCAGGAAGUGGCUGCUGCCGCUCCAGUAGUCACCAUUGCAGCUCCUACUGCAUCACCUGUCAUCGACUCGACGGUCACUGUGGCAUCUACUGCAACUAAUUCCACCCCACCAGUAACUACCACACCCCCAGCCAUUGUCGCUGCUACUGUAACUCACACGCAGGCUCAUUGUGGGGUGAUUUAUAUCACUCCUGAGCCAAAUUCCGCUGGCCCUUUCUACUGGAUCAGCCGUGGGCGUCACAUUGGUGUUGUUGCGACUUGGCAGUGGACAUCCACCUAUGUGACCGGGGUGAGCCGUUCAUCCUAUUCCAGAAUUCGCUCUGCUGCCGAGGGGAUUAGAUUGAUUGAGGAAGCGAUUGACUGUGGGGAUACCGAAGUAAUUCCUUGA